ACUCGCAGUUGAAGGCAGCAGUACACUGGCGGACAUGUGGACCCUGCGGGCGCUCAGCGCUCCCGAUGGCCCGACUCCAGCGCUGGAUACCAUCGGCAUCCGGAAAUGAUGAAAAACUGUAGUCUGGGGAGAAAGAGGGAGAAGAAACAGGGGUCCCUGUGAGAAAAAGUGAAGGAAUGAGUUGGAAGGCAUAGUGUGGGAGCUGCGGGCUCGCCAGUGCCUGUGCGCCGCGCUCUUUGAGCGCCGUUUACCCCCACGGCUGGGCUGCAGCAGUAACCGAGUGGCGCCGUCCGGAUACUUUGUAACUUUUUAUUAACCCAAUAAAAUUACCUUCGAAAAAUACAAGGGACUGGGAUGGUUUCCAGGCAGGCUGGUUCUGAUUCUGGGAGCUGUGCCUGAGUGAGCUGCUUAGCUGAUGUCCCAGGUGAAGGAGUCCCCCGGGCCGGGAGGGCCAGAAGACGACACUUGCACAGAAAGCAGCCUUUUACUCCACACUGAUGAUGCCAAUAAACAUGAUGAGGAGAGAAAAGUUUCACGGCCGGAGACUUUACCACCACCAGGUAACUGGGCCAUCCAUCUGGAUGCACCACACCCAUCAAACCUGAUAAAUGACACCACUGGUGACCUCAUCAGAACUCAACCUCAAUCCACUACAGCACUGGAACAGACUGAAGGGGAAACUGGCAAAUUACAAAAUAGCCACACAAGUCUGAGUAAUGUAAAUGGAAUCCAUAAUGGGAUCACACAUGGGAUUUCGGACCACAAAAAGCUCUCUGCUCCAGUCUCUCAGAAAGUGCACAGAAAACUCCAGUCAAGCCUUUCAGUUACUAGUAAUGCUAGCAAAAAAAGCAAAUUAAGCUCUACAAAUUCUCAGAAACCAGCAUCAACACCAGAAGAUGGUUGUGUGCAUUGCAUUCUUGCCUGCCUAUUCUGCGAAUUCGUCACCUUUUGCAACAUUAUUCUGGGACAAGCUUCAUGCGGUAUCUGUACAUCUGAAAACACUUGCUGCUGUUGUGGACCAGAUGACUUUGGGGAUGACUGUAACUGCCCGUGUGACAUGGACUGCGGCAUAAUGGAUGCCUGCUGUGAGUCCUCAGACUGCUUGGAAAUCUGUAUGGAAUGCUGUGGGAUAUGCUUUCCUUCGUGAUCAUCUGAAUUAACAUGAUCUUUAAAACAAGGUUUAAAAAAAUAUAGAGAUAAUGGAGAUAAUGCCUCUUCAUGGACAUGAGGUACCAAUGUGCUGUGAUUAUUCUCAACAGACCAGAUACACUCAAGCUUUUACAUUGGUAUUAAAAACAAUUACUGUGGAAAUGUAUAUCAUCUCUGAACUAAUAUGGGCAAUAGAUCUGGCAUGUUUAUUUGUUAAAUGUGCAGUACAACUUCACAAUUAAAGCUUGCAAAUUUUGCUUUAUUAUUAGGCAAAGAUGUUGCUGUGGAAUAUUGUACAUGUCCAUGAUCAGAUAACGUAUAGUUUCAAAACCCAGAGCAAUUCCUGCACAAACUUUUCUAUGUAUUAAUGUUUUGUAUUGUUAUUAAACAUGUUUUAAGUAAUAGGAUUGUACACUUAAUGGAGUUCACAAUCCAGGCUAGUAGCUUUCUGUCCUGAUUUUUUUGUUCUUGUUUUAAUUCAAAUGAGAGGAAGGGGUUUGGUUGCUGAUUCUACUAAAUUAUUAAUUAUAUGCACAUUAAUAUAAACAAAGUGUGUAAUCUUUGUGUUUAGUGCCUUAAUUUCAAAAACAAAUUUUGUAAAUGCUUCCUUUUUGUUGUAUCCAACAACAGGAACAAUUGUUACAAGUCUUCAUCUCUGCUUAUUUUCCUGAAUGAAUUGUUUUAAAUUAUAAAUUUACUUAAGCAUACCUGCAUGGGGAAUUGGGAGGGCUUUUGAAAACACAUGUAUUUCAUUAAUUUAAGAUCUUUACUUUUUUCUGGAAACUUAUCGAGUAGAAUCGCAGUGAACCAAAUGAAGUUGAAAAGCAAUGCAGCAUUGCACGAUAGAAAUAUUUACCUUGGGGAGGGGGGGGGGGGGAGAAAACAAGUUGUGUUUUAAUUUGUAUGUAGCUUCUCUUUCUGAGAGAAACCAAGGCUGACCAUAUAUUUUUAUAGCUUGUUUUUUUUUACAGACUAGAGCAUUGGUCCAAGCCAUGUACUUAAAACCAAUCAAGACAAAUUAAAAAUAAAAUAAUUAGAUUCAAUUAAAACAUUGGUUACAUUUUAUUCAAAAUGCAUGAAUGCAUAAUCCAGUUAACCUAUUGAAUAUGUUGUGCACAUUUUGU